CCUUCUCCUACAUGGCCAACCAGGAUGCUUGGGCAGACUUCGAGACGCUCCGACACAACUUGAAGUCGAACAAGGUCGAGCAGCUCAAGCAGAUCCUCACCCUCUUCAACGACGAGUGCCACACCAAUCUCACCAAGACCGGCAAGAAGCAGGACCUCAUUGACAAGAUCACCCGCGAGCUAGACCAGUGGAGACGCAGCGAGAGUGUGGACUUCUGGGUACGCGCAAAAGCCAUUAUGCAGCGGGUUCGGCACAGCGGAUACUACGCGCCGCGGGCGAACGGCGAGUCGUCUUCCUCCUAUUCUCACCAACACAACUACGCGCCCCCCGCCCCCGCCGCUGUGGCGUACCAGCCGGCGACCUCCUCCUCCGCCCCCAUUGCACGAUAUGAUCCCUACGCCACAGCUCGACGGCCAGCUGCUGUACCUACACCUGCUGCCGCAUUUUCUGCUGCCAUUCCCGCUCCCGCGCCUCAGCCAGGCAUCCAAUUCCGGUACUCCCCCUUCUUCAAGGUAGAACGCCUUAUCUCGGCGAUUGUCGAAUGUCCCGAGUCUACGAGUUCCAUGGACCGUCGGUCCCAGUCCUUGUCGUUCUCGCUGCAGGCCGAUGUAGUGGCUAAACUGAACUCCACCGAUCGCAAAUACCAGCUGCGGCUGUAUUGCACAUCGUCUGUGUUCUACGCCGUACCCACCGCCUUCCGCAAUCCUACCCCUCAACCAUGCCCCAUCGAAUUCCCACCCACAUGUGAAGUGCGCGUCAAUGGUGUGCAGCUCACCGCGAACUUGAAAGGCUUGAAGAAGAAGCCGGGUACCGCGCCUCCCCCCGAUCUAGGCAAGGCCACACGACUCGCCUUCGGCCAGACCAAUCGCGUGGAGAUGAUAUACGUGAACAGUCAGCAGCCCACGUCGCCCAAGAAGUAUUACCUUGCUGUGAUGUUGGUUGAAGUCACUAGCGUGGAUCAACUCAUCGAUCGAUUGCGGAAGGGCAAGUACAGGUCGAAGGCUGAGGUGCUCGCAGAUAUGCGAAAGGCCAACAUCGACGACGACGAGAUUGUUGCAGGUCAUCAGAAGAUGUCGUUGAAGUGCCCCUUGAGCUAUAUGCGUAUCGUAAUACCGUGCCGGUCGUCGUCUUGCGUGCACCCGCAAUGCUUUGAUGCUUUCUCGUGGUUCUCAGUUAUGGAACAGACGACGACUUGGAUGUGUCCCGUGUGCGAGAAGGUUCUGAAGACGGAAGACCUCAUCAUUGAUGGGUACUUUGACGACAUCUUGAAGCAUACGCCGGAGAGCGUGGAAGACGUCAUAGUCGAGGCGGACGGGCAAUGGCACACGGAAGAUAACAAGCAUGGGUCGGCACAGUGGACCGCGGCACACCCACCUACAGUUAAGAAGCCAGUCGUUCCGGCGAAACGUGCUCCUUCUCCCGUUAAGCCGGCGACGAAUGGAUUCGAUGCGAAGCCACGACCAAGCAACGCUGAGAUUGUCAUCUUGGACUCCGACGAGGAAGAUGAAGACGAGGGACGCGUCAAACGCGAACUUUCUCCGUCCGCAGACUCGGCAGCGCUCCCUCGCUCGAGUCAGUCCGUCAGUGUUAGCAGCUCUCAGCCGCCCCGCUCCCAAGCCACCGACAUCAUCGACCUCACGCUUGACUCGGACGAUGAAGAACCGCCUCCACCGCCACGACGCGCAGUCCCUGUGACGAAGAAGCGGAAGGAGAUGGACGACCUGCCGUCACCGACGGAGCAGAUCUGGAAGAAGUCCCGUACCGACAGCGGCCCCUCGUCCUCAAUCUCCCCCGCGCAGGACAGACCGACGAUUCGCGCAUCAGACCUCCCCGCACCCCCUCUAUCAGCACUCUCGUCGCAGCCACGGUACAGCGUCUCGCAGCACUCGUCCGGCCGGGCGUCCGGGUCGCAGUCAUACGCUUCGUCGAGCGCUCUACCACUUCCUCCUUCUCUUCCUCGACGUCCAUCCACGUCGACUCAUGACAACUUCCGUAACACACUUCCUCCCUUGACCUCGUACGCCCCGCGGAACAGCGCUGGCGGUAGCUCCUCGCCGCAGAACUGGCGUUGA